AUGGGGGCGACAGAGGACACUUCGACCACCACGGAGACAGCAAGCACCACCGUGGCCACGCCCACCUCCACUCUCACCACCUUGACCUCCACGAGCACGGGGGCGACAGAGGACACUUCGACCACCACGGAAACAACAAGCACCACCGUUCCAACGUCCACCUCCACUCUCACCACCUUGACCUCCACGAGCACGGGGGCGAUAGAGGACACUUCGACCACCACGGAGACAACAAGCACCACCGUGCCCACGUCCACCUCCACUCUCACCACCUUGACCUCCACGAGCACGGGGGUGACAGAGGACACUUCGACCACCACGGAGACGACCACCACGGAGACAACCACCAAAAAGACUACCACCACCGUGCCCACAUCCACCUCCACUCUCACCACCUUGAGCUCCACGAGCACGGGGGCGACAGAGGAUACUUCGACCACCACGGAGACAACAAGCACCACCGACACUUCGACCACCACGGAGACAGCAAGCACCACCGUGGCCACGCCCACCUCCACUCUCACCACCUUGACCUCCACGAGCACGGGGGCGACAGAGGACACUUCGACCACCACGGAAACAACAAGCACCACCGACACUUCGACCACCACAGAGACAACAAGCACCACCGUGCCCACGCCCACCUCCACUCUCACCACCUUGACCUCCACG